CUGUGUCUACUGCUUAAGUGAGCAGUGCUGCGUUUGUGAACUUGGUCUUUAAGUAAUUGUAGUCGUGGUACCGGUCUAUACUCAUGGAAAUGUGAAAAUAUGAUGCGGUUAUAUGCACAAGAUAUAAGCAAUGGCCUCGAGAAUGUCCCCGUUUUGAUUGAAAACAAUGUGAGCGAGGGCGCUUUCCCCAAAUUUAAGUACAGUCCAGAGAACGUCCAGGGUCCUGGGUGUGAUGUUGACCCGAGUGAGGUGACCCUCCCGGGCUGCUCGUGCCACUCUCUAUCCUGCCCUCUGCGCGGCUGCCCAUGUACGUGCUAUGGCCAGGCCUACACCAGCGAAGGGCUCCUCUCCGAGCAGCAACAGGACCCGGCUACGGGCUGUAGCCACCCCGUGUUCGAGUGCAACGUCCUGUGCAUGUGCAGCGACUCCUGCCAGUCGCGGCUGGUCCAGCACGGGGUGCGGAUGCGGCUGGGGGUCUUCCGCACGAAGAGCCGCGGCUGGGGUGUCCAGGCCCUGGAGGCGGUGCCUCGGGGCCGCUUUGUGUGCGAGUACGCCGGUGAGGUGCUGGGCUUCUCCGAGGCCCUUCGCCGGCAGCUCGCCCAGACGCCGGCCCACAUGAACUAUGUCAUCGCCGUCCAGGAACACGGGGGCGUAAAUGGGGUGUGCCGCACCUUCGUGGACCCGGCUGCCGUCGGGAAUGUGGGACGCUUUCUGAACCACUCGUGCCGGCCCAACCUGGACAUGGUGCCCGUGCGUGUGCACUCGUUGGUGCCCAGGCUGGCGUUGUUCGCCGCCCGAGACAUAGAGGCGGGUGAGGAGCUCACAUUUGAUUACUCCGGAGGACAUGCUAGGCGCCCAGAAACGACUGCCGCUGCAGAACAAGCAGCCGCCCAGAGGAAAGCAUGUCUCUGUGGAGCGCCAAACUGUACUGGGUUUUUACCUUUAGACAUCUCAGUCCUGCAUGGACCAGAGUAGAGAAAGCUGGAGUAGCAGGUUAUUUCGCUACUGAUCUUUACUCAGUUCACUGUAUGUUCAUAUUGCACUGUCAAUAUAUUACAACCCACCACUUUAUUUAUACAGCUGACACAUAUAUUACAGUUGCAUUACUCUACAUACUAAUGAACUGUUGUUGCUGUGGUGGAAAGAUCUCAUCUGAGUAGCCAUGAAGAUACCUCGGACGCCUGCUGUAAUUUAAUAUUCCGACUGGCCAUCUCCUCCAUGCUUGCUUCCGAUCACAUCGUUGUGUUCUUUGUGAUAAUUCAUAUUUAUUAUUACGGCCUUUCCUGUGUAAACACUGCUGUGGCUUCUGUUCUUAAUGUAUCUUACUUCUUUUGAGUUCAUUUUAGAAUCCUCUGCCCCUUUAAGAGGACACACAGCUUUUCAUUGGACCAAAAGCUCAGGGGUGAUAAGCAAUUAAAUAGUGCCUUUGGGUGUUCCGAUAUAGUAACAGAUCUUUCUCCCCAGCUGCGGGCAGAGGAAACCGAAGCGACCCACUUCACAGAGUCUCCAUUCUUAAAUCCAGCCUCUCUCUCUAUCCCCCAUCCAUGCCUCUGCCCUGUUUCCAGCAUGGACGUGCCUCCAUCUCCACGAUGAUAUUAAUAUCCGUAUCUGGGUUAAUUAGUCCAAAGCCCAGAGAGGGAGAGCAGGGCUCCAGAAAUGAGACCGGGUCUUGAGGCGCGUCAGGCCGAGCUCAGGCCUGGUCUGUGUGCGUCAGUGGUGUAAAUAUUACCCACUAGCGUCCGCUGCGUUAGCCUACAUUCUGCCCGCAUAUCAGGGGUGGGCCAGGGAGUCCUUGUGUCGAGAAAGCAGAUCUCAAGUGCAAGAAGGAGAGGUAAGAAGAGUCUGCUUCGCUCAUAAAGAGUGAGAACACGGACGCUCUGCCGUAACUGAGGAUAGACGAGUCUGCUGCAGAGUUUGGCAUCUUCCCUGCUGAUUAUGAGCUAAUUGCGGAAGCCUUUAUGAGUUGAGUCUGGCGUGAUGGGACUUGGGGGGGGGGGAGACAUGACUCUGUGACUGGAACCACACUGCAUGUUGACCAUCCCUGUGUUCUGCUACAAGUAUCGUAGGUUUAAGAUCGUCGUAAAUUAGAGAGAGAGUGUUGAGUGUAAUACUCGCUUUCCGUGUAAAGAUUAUGUUUGCGUUGCAGGCAUUUUGGGAAUCUCAGCCCAGAGCAUUUUGAAGGGAGUGGUUACAUCAAGCCUGCUGGACAGUUGAUUUUGGCAGUAGGGAGAUGCAUUGUGGUAACUUGUGGGAAAGUGCUGUUAGGGGGAUUUGAGGACAGUUUAGCUCACCGCGUUGGCCUUGUGCAGGCCAUUGAGAGGAGCCCUGAUUUAACUGUUCUCGUCUCUGGCCACUAUGAAAAUCCCCCUUCAUUAGCAAAUUAAGUCCCGAGGGUGACCCCUCUGCCCCUCUGGACCUCUGCUCCCAGGCUCCAUCACCUAGCUUAGGCACGUCAGAACAAAAGCAAAGUGUGUAUAGGCUGAGGAUGAUGGUAAGGACCGAGGAGGGCCAUCAGCGCCACAAUUCUCCUGGCAUUAAGUUUGGCCCUGCUGAUGUAACUUCCUGUUGCACUGGGCCCUGCCUCAUCUUGUUCCUCACCAGUCUUGCUGUAGUGUGUGACAUGAUGUCCAUGCACGUUGGCACUCGCUGUUCAAAUCGCUUUGCUUGAAAUGUGAAGUCAAUUGUGCCAGAGCAGCUCUUUGUGCGCUGGUCAGACAGCAGGAGUGAUAAGAAAGGCAGGCCUGUGACAGACUCUCAAAUUCUACUUCUGGCUCAUGACUCAUUGGAACCAGUGAGUAAGCAAGUCUUCCAGGUCUCCAUGGCAACAGAAUGUGCAAUAUCGAUUGGACACCAAGUGUAGGUUGUGUUUCACAAUGAUUGUUGGAAGGUGAAAGCAGAAAUCCUUCACCGCUGCUAGAACAUUAGCUCAGUGACCUUCGAUUUAAUGUGACUUUGCUAAAACAAGUGUCUCCCUCAGUGCUGGUGUCAAAAAGGUCGCGAAUAGGCAGGCGAGAGUGGCUGGAUCCACUGCAGAAAGGUGAAUGGGGCAAAUGGACAGAUUUUCUGUUUUAAAAAAGCUAUGUAUAGUAGUGGAACAUCACAGGCAGAUAUACUGUUAUUAGAGCAGAGAUGGAUUCAGGUACAUUCAUUUUAGGAGGGUGAGCCAGUGCUUUAACCUGUCUGCUUUGUGCUAAACACCCUCUUAAAUUCUUGUUAAAGCCACUUUCAGAAAUGUUAGCUAUAUUAGUGUUGAAGUAGAAGCAUUUUGUGCAGGUUACAUACACUAGACUCAACACUGCCACUGACAUAAACAAGAACACUUAAUAAUAAUAAUAAUAAAAACUCCAAGUGGUUUAUGUUUUAGCGUUGCCAACAAUGUGAUCCUCCGGUCUUGGCAGUCACUAGAGAUGAGCUGAAGAUGAGGCAUCAGAAAUAUGUAAGAGAAUCAUCGGUAAAAUGUAACAAAUCUGAUGUAAAUAAAAAGGGCUUUUAAAAAAUAAACAAAUAAAAUUAUGAAGGAAAAAAUAAAGGAAAAACAGAGCUCC